UUUCACUUCCACGCUGCAGCUUCAAGACGCAGCUGAUCGGCGUCCUGCACACUGUAAAACAUCUGCGCCACACGUGGAAAGUUACCGGUAACCGCAGCCGAUCGGUCCCGUUAACGGAUUCCCAGCAGGAGGAGGUCAGGAGAGGAGAGGAGGAGAUGCCCCCGGACGACUCUCUGCCUCCGGCUCAGGACGAGGCGGUGAGUCAGAGCGCGGGUCAGUAUAAGGACACGGAGGACAGAGCCGCUCCUUCUAAACCUGCUCAGAGUGGAGAAACUGAGAACCAGGAAGGACUCCCAAGCUCGAAGGAGCAGCAAACCCCGGACUCCGCUGGUUGUGGACCUGAACUCGUCCGUGACCGUGGAUCUGUUCCUGCCCCCAGCAUCAUGUCACUAAAGAGCAGCUGGUCGAUGGCGUCUCCGCUUCACUUCGGUGGAUCUGCUGAUGAAAUACCCAAAAUAGAAGAGCAGAGCUCCGAGGUCCCACACAGUCAGCCUGAUCCAGACUACCAGACUCCUUCUGACAUCUUGUAUACGCUGCUGGAGCAGAGCAUCUUCACUUUCAUGAAGAGUGAACUGAAGAAGCUCCUGAAUCCAGAUUACCCAGGAUGCUCUGAGAAUGAGGUGGAGGAUGAGGAUGAAGACCAGAGGAGCUGCAGAGACGCAUUUCAGAAGAUAUUACUGCACUUCCUGAGGGGGAUGAAGUGGAACGACCUUGCUAAACGCCUGCAGAGCAGAUCUUCAAUUCCCCGCAAGCUGAAAUCCACCCUGAAGAAGAGGUUCCAGUAUGUGCUUGAGGGCAUCUCUGAAGCUGGAAACUCGACGCUCCUGAAUCAGAUCUACACGGAGCUCCACGUCACAGAGGGAGGGACUGCAGAGGUCAGAGAGGAGCAUGAGGUCCUGCAGAUUGAAACAGCAUCCAGGAGAGCAGACAGGGCAGAAACCAGCAUCAGGCCUGAAGACAUCUUCAAAGUCUCACCUGGAAGGUCUCAGCCGGCACGAACGGUGCUGACAAAGGGAGUGGCUGGCAUCGGGAAGACGGUCCUCACACAGAAGUUCACUCUGGACUGGGCUGAAGACAAAGCCAACCCGGACAUCCACUUCACAUUUCCGUUCACCUUCAGAGAGCUGAAUGUGCUGAAAGAGAAGAAGUUCAGCUUGCUGGGACUUGUUCAUCACUUCUUUCCCGAAACCAGAGAGGCAGAAAUCUGCAGCUUUGAAGAUUCCCGGGUGGUCUUCAUCUUUGACGGCCUGGACGAGUGUCGACUCCCUCUGGACUUCACCAACACCGAGAUCCUGACUGAUGUUACCGAGUCCGCCUCAGUGGGUGUGCUGCUGACGAACCUCAUCAGGGGAGAGCUGCUUCCCUCUGCUCGCCUCUGGAUCACCACCCGACCCGCAGCAGCCAAUCAGAUCCCUGCCGACCGUGUGGACAUGGUGACAGAGGUCCGAGGGUUCACCGACCCGCAGAAGGAGGAGUACUUCAAGAGGAGGUGCAGGGAGGAGGAGCAGGCCAGGAGGAUUGUCUCCCACGUCAAGACCUCGCGGAGCCUCCACAUCAUGUGCCACAUCCCCGUCUUCUGCUGGAUCACCGCUACGGUUCUGGAGGAGGUGCUGAGGAGCUCAGAGGGAGGAGAGCUGCCCAAGACCCUGACUCAGAUGUACAUCCACCACCUGACUGUCCAGGCCAGAGUCCAGAAGGUCAAGUAUGCUGGAGGAGCCGUCGGAGAUCCACUCUGGAGUCCAGAGAGCAGGCAGAUGAUCAGCUCUCUGGGGAAACUGGCCUUCGAUCAGAUGCAGAAAGGAAACCUGAUCUUCUAUGAAUCUGACUUGACAGAAUGUGGCGUCGAUGUCCCAGCAGCCUCCAUGUGCUCAGGACUCUUCACACAGAUCUUUAGAGAGGAGAAAGGCCUGCACCAGGGCAGGGUGUUCUGCUUCAUCCAUCUCAGCCUUCAGGAGUUUCUGGCUGCUCUUCGUGUCCAUCAGACCUUCAUCGAGUCUGGAGUCAACCUGCUGGACGAUCGCAAAACAAAUUUCCGGUCAAAAAUCUUCAAGAUGAAACCCAAGCUCCACCUCCUCCAUCAGAGAGCAGUGGACGAGGCCUUGAAGAGUUCCAGUGGACACCUGGACUUGUUCCUCCGCUUCCUCCUGGGCCUCUCACUCCCGGCCAAUCAGGAGCUCUUGCGAGGUUUGCUGCUGCAGACAGGAAGUAGCCCACAGGCCAAUCAGAAGACAGCCCAGUACAUCAAGGAGAAGCUGAGCGAGAGUCUGUCUGCAGAGAGAAGCAUCAACCUGUUCCACUGUCUGAAUGAGCUGAACGACGGCUCUCUGGUGGAGGAGAUCCAGCAGUCCCUCAGCUCAGGACGCCUCUCCAAGGAGAAAAUGUCUCCCGCCCAGUGGUCGGCGCUGGUUUUCUGUUUACUGUCCUCUGAAGAGGAGCUGGAGGUCUUUGACCUGGAGAAAUACGAUGCUUCAGAGGAGGCUCUUCUGAAGCUGCUGCCUGUGGUCAAGGCUUCCAACAAAGCUCAGCUGGGUGGUUGUAACCUGUCAGAGAGAAGCUGUGCAGCUCUGUCCUCAGUCCUCAGCUCUCAGUCCUCCAGGCUGAAGCAUCUGGACCUGAGUAACAACAGCCUGCUGGAUUCAGGAGUGACGCUGCUGUCGGACGGACUGCAGAGUCCAAACUGUAAACUGGAAGCUCUCAUACUGAGCGGCUGUAAGGUGUCAGAGGGAAGCUGUGCGGCUCUGUCCUCAGUCCUCAACUCUCAGUCCUCCAGUCUGAAACAUCUGGACCUGAGUAACAACAACCUGCAGGAUUCAGGAGUGACUCUGCUGUCCAACGGACUGCAGAGUCCAAACUGUAAACUGGAAGCUCUCAGACUGAGCACCUGCAACCUGUCAGAGAGAAGCUGUGCAGCUCUGUCCUCACUCCUCAGCUCCCAGUCCUCCAGUCUGAAACUUCUGGACCUGAGUAACAACAGCCUGCAGGAUUCAGGCGUGACGCUGCUGUCGGACGGACUGCAGAGUCCAAACUGUAAACUGGAUAAUCUGAGCCUGUCAGGGUGUCUGGUCUCCGAGGAGGGAUGCGACUCUCUGGUCUCAGCUUUGACCUCCAGCGCCUCCCGUCUGACCGAGCUGGACCUGACUUACAACCAUCCGGGAGAUUCAGGACUGAAGCAGCUGCAUGCUGCUGUGGAGGACCCGCACUGCGGACUGAACACUCUCAGGGUGCAGCCGGCUGGAGUUCAGUGGCUGAGAGCAGACCUCAGGAAGUAUUCCUGUGAGCUGACUGUGGACAGGGACACGGUCCACCGAGAAAUCACGCUGUCGGAGAACGGCAGGAGGCUGCGGCAGGUGCAGGAGCCACAGGACUAUCCCGAUCACCCACACAGGUUCGAGGCCUCGCACCAGUUUCUGUGUGAAAAUCCUCUGACUGGUCGCUGCUACUGGGAGGUGGAGUGGAGCGGAGGAGUCCACAUCUCCGUCGCUCACAGCAGAGUCAGCAGGAAAGGGAAGUCCGACCAGUGCUGGUUCGGAGGAAACGACCACUCCUGGAGUCUGUUCUCCUCCGAUGGAGGGUACUCUGUGUGGCACAACAAGAGGGGCACGUCCAUCCCCUCCUCCUCCUCCUCCUCCUCCUCCUCCUCCUCGUCUUCCUCCUCCUCCUCCUCGUCUUCCUCCUCCUCCUCCUCUGGUAGAGUCGGAGUGUAUGUGGACCAUCCUGCUGGCACCCUGUCCUUCUACAGAGUCUCAGACUCUCUGAUCCACCUCCACACCUUCAGGGCCACGUUCACUGAAGCUCUGUACGCCGGCUUUGGCUUCUGGUCCUGGUCUGUGGUGGCUCCGCCCUCCUCCGUGUUCCUGUGUCCUCUGGAGAGGGAUGAUCGCCGGCUCUAGACCCCCCCCCCCUAUGUGUGGUUAACUUUAACUGAUGAUCAACAAAGUAGGCUUUCUUUGAAACAAGCCAUUUAAAUAGAAAGGUUUAAAAAUAGUUAGAAGCUAGCUAGUUUUCAGUAUUUACUCUCAAACUCAAAACGUCUAAUGAGCGGAUAUAGUUUGCUCGUUUUUUAAGUUAUGUGUAAUAUUGUUGGUCAGUAAGAGACUGUAUAUCUUGGCAUUAAUGUACUGUAAAGGCAUUUUAAGGGUGGCUUAAUGAGAAACGUUUCUACAACACAAACAAAAUCUGACAUAUAGUAUGUGAUGUUGCUCUGUAUUUGGUCACUUCAGGGUAUUUGGCAGUAUAAUUACCACGUACUGGUGAUUUAUUGUGACUUCAACAAGAUCUCGUUGUUACAUUUUUCUAUUUCCACGUUCCUUGUUAAAAGUCCAGCUGGGUUUUAAAGGGAACCACAUUCAAGUCACUCAAACGGCUGUCCAAGCAUAGCAGGGUAUUUAUUUCACCUUUAUUUUACUGGGCACUUCAAUUGCGAACUAUAAAUGUAUAACUUAUUUCUGGUUUAAGCUGGCAUUUGACCACCUUUGAUUGGGUUCAAACAGUGGAUUUCAAUGCUUUUACAUCCUCUUAGCGAAUUACUUAUUUAUGUAUUUAUUUUAUUUUGUUAUAUUUCAGCUUUACUUUAUCAGGAAGGUCAGUUGAGAAACAGUUCUCAUUUUCAAUGACUUGCUGGCCAAGAGGAGUUUAUAUUAUAGACGUACAUGAAAUGAUAUAAUCUCCCACAAUCUUGAAAAAAGAAAGUAGCAUUUACAGUGUUUACAGUGAUCGAUAUGAAGAAACAAACGGAUACCAGCGAAAAACAACUGCAGUGAACCUUCAUCCCUGGUACUUAUGGAAUAAAUAUAGAAAAUUUUAAGGUCUGUUGCAGAUGAUUCCAGUUAUUUGCUGCAGAAUAUUGAAAUGAGGAGCAACCAAAUGACGUACAGGCUUUAAGUAUGAUGACUAACUGACCAGGGUACGACCAAUCAGUCGUCUACAAAAAUAGCCUGAAUGUCUAGAAGGGAGUGUAGAGACAAACAGGAAAGAAAUGUUACUAUUUUACAAAUAAAUAAACUAAUAUUUCAGUUAAGAAAACCAGAAGUCCAUCUGAAUCAUCAUAGGAUAUGAUGUUUUUUUUUUGUUUACCUUUUUUUAAAAUGAUUAUCAUAAUUCACAUUUGAAAAAUAGUAAUACAUUUUUAUGGUCACAAAUUUGUCACUGGCCUUCUUGUUUGGUAUUUAGAUGCACUCAAAUACUUUUACCUUGCACAAUUCAAAUGCACAAUAAUAAAAAUGAAUGAGAUUAAAGAUGGCAGAGAGAGAGGCGGGACGGAGUGUAGCUGGAGCUUCCUCCUAAUAAGAACGGAAUUCAGAGUACAGAAAUUACAUCAAGUGAAACUCGAGAGAGUAAAGUACUGCGGAGU